UAAACAUUGAGGCUAAUUGCUCUCAUAGUCGGCCCUGGCUUUGAGCUGUACGCAUAUAUAUUGGCCGGAGGUAUAUGCGUUUAUUUCAAAGAUACCAAGAACAAUGACGAAGGUGUAUGGAACUGGACUUUAUGAUUUCCGGCGUCAUAGAGUGGCGGAAUACCCUGUAGAGGGGGUACCACAACCGCCAGCUGUGUCGGAUAUCCCCCAGAAGCCACCUGAGUCGAAACCCAUAUCAAAUGUUCCUAGCUCCAUAACCCUCAGUGAGAUCCAACGCGACCGCCUCACCAAAAUUGCAGCUGCCAAUUGGUCGAGUACAACCGACAUUGCAGCCAAGAAGCCUUUUGAUGCGAAUUUAGUGAAUGAAAUUUACUAUACUGAGCUAACAGUAAAAGGGGGUAGAAAGCCUGUGCCACUGCAGAGGGUAAUGAUUUUGGAAGUGAGCCAGUACCUGGAGAAUUACCUGUGGCCAAAUUUUGAUCCAGAGAGUUCUACUUUUGAGCACGUCAUGUCAAUGAUACUCAUGGUGAAUGAAAAGUUCCGGGAAAAUGUUGCUUCCUGGUUAUGUUUUCAUGAUAAAAAAGAUAUGUUCGAAUCAUUUCUUGACAGGGUCCUUUCUCUAAAGGAGGGGAGAAACUUAAGUAUUGCUGAAAAGACCAACUAUCUACUCUUCAUGAUAAAUGCUUUCCAGAGUUUAGAAGAUGGGAUUGUGAAUAAGAAGGUUCUAGGAUUAGCCGGACUUCAGUGUUGGCAUUCAUUAUCAUAUGGUCGAUUUCAAAUGGAGCUCUGUAUGAAUCCAGAUCUUGAAAAAAAAUGGAAAAGGAUUGCAAAACGAGCUAAGGAGGCAGCCAAAAGAGGAGAACCUUUUGAUCCCUCAACCAAGAUUGAAGUGAAUUUCUUGAGGAAUCUGAUUGAAGAGUUUCUCGAGGUGCUUAAUUCCAAGGUUUUCCCCAGCGAGAAAGAUGAUUUCGGAAAAGUUGAUGAUGCUUGUAUCUUAUAUUGUGAAAGGUUUGUGGAGUUCCUCAUCGAUCUCCUUAGCCAACUGCCAACAAGAAGAUAUCUGAGGGCUCUUGUUUCGGAUGUUGCUGUUGUUGCUAAGUGUCAUUUAAGUGCCCUGUAUAAGCAUGAGAAAGGAAAACUCUUCGGUCAGCUUGUUGACUUACUCCAGUUUUAUGAGACGUUUGCAAUCGAUGAUCAUUCAGGGAGGCAAAGGACUGAUGAUGAGGCCCUCCUGGCUCAUUAUCAUCGCUUUGAGUCAUUUCAACUUCUUGCAUUUAAGAGAAUUCCUAAGUUGCGUGAACUUGCCCUAGCCAAUAUUGGUGCAAUCAACAAGCGUGGUGAUCUCUCAAAGAAACUCUCUGUACUCUGUCCUGAAGAAUUGAGAGAUUUGGUUUGCCAAAAGCUUAAACUGAUAUCCAAGGAUGACCCCUGGUCAGAAAGGGUUGAUUUUUUGAUUGAAGUCAUGGUUUCAUUUUUUGAGAGGCAGCAAUCUCAGAGGGAGGCCAUAAAUGCUCUUCCUCUUUACCCGAAUGAACAGAUUAUGUGGGAUGAAAGUCUUGUACCUAGUAUUAACUACACAGGAGAAGGGUGUCUUGCACUGCCGAAACUCAAUCUACAGUUUUUGACCCUUCACGAUUAUCUCCUUAGGAAUUUUAAUCUGUUCCGCCUUGAAUCAACAUAUGAAAUCCGUGAAGAUAUUCAGGAAGCUGUACCACAUCUCCUUGCUUAUAUUAACAAUGAAGGAGAAACUGCAUUUCGUGGUUGGUCUCGCAUGGCUGUUCCGUUUAAAGAGUUCAAAAUUUCAGAGGUAAAACAGGCAAAUGUUGGGGAAGUUAAGCCAUCUUCUGUAACAGCAGAAGUAACUUUCAGCAUUGCCAGUUAUAAAGCCCAAAUAAGAUCAGAAUGGAAUGCACUUAAAGAGCAUGAUGUUCUCUUUUUGUUGUCAAUUCGUCCUUCAUUUGAGCCCCUCAGUGCUGAAGAGGCAGCUAACGCAACUGUACCACAGAGACUUGGCCUUCAAUGUGUCCGUGGAUGUGAAAUUAUUGAGAUGCGAGAUGAAGAGGGGACUCUGAUGAAUGAUUUCACAGGGAGAAUCAAGCGGGAUGAAUGGAAACCUCCCAAAGGAGAUCUCAGAACUGUUACUAUUGCCCUUGACACCGCACAAUAUCAUAUGGAUGUUAGUGAUAUUGCAGAGAAAGGUGCUGAGGAUAUCUACAGUACAUUUAACAUCUUAAUGAGAAGGAAACCAAAGGAAAACAAUUUCAAAGCAAUUUUGGAAUCAAUAAGAGAUCUGAUGAACGAAACUUGUAUUGUCCCUGAUUGGUUGCAUGACAUAUUUCUGGGCUACGGACACCCUUCAGCUGCACAGUGGACUUGUAUGCCUGACCUUCUUGAAGUAGUUGAUUUCAAAGAUACUUUUCUUGAUGCAAAUCAUGUUCGGGAAUGUUUCUCAGAUUAUCAGAUUUCCUUUGUAAACACCGAUGGCACAGAAAAUUUGCAGCCUAGCCCUCCGUUCAAAAUUAGACUUCCCAGGGACCUGAAAGGGAAUCCUCAUGCAGUUCCUGGGAACACUAAGUCUAUAGUAGCCUCUUCAGAGACUGUCAACACAGAAGGUGCUCUUUCCAAAAAGGAAGAACUUAUUGUUGAGGCUUAUAUCCCCCCUGAUCCUGGUCCAUACCCCCAGGACCAGCCAAAGCAGAACUCGGUCAGAUUUACCCCAACUCAGAUUGGAGCGAUCAUUUCUGGCAUUCAGCCAGGUUUAACUAUGGUUGUGGGUCCACCUGGUACGGGAAAGACGGAUACAGCUGUGCAGAUUUUGAAUGUACUAUAUCAUAAUUGCCCAUCUCAGAGAACUUUGAUAAUAACUCAUUCAAAUCAAGCUCUAAAUGAUGUCUUUGAGAAAAUAAUGGAGAGGGAUGUGCCAGCUCGAUAUCUUCUUCGUCUUGGUCAAGGAGAGCAAGAACUAGCAACUGAUCUAGAUUUCAGCCGACAAGGCCGUGUUAAUGCAAUGCUUGUUCGGCGUCUGGAGUUGCUUAGAGAAGUGGAGAGGCUAGCUAGGUCUCUCCAAUUGCCCGAAGAUGUUGGAUAUACUUGUGAAACUGCAGGGUACUUUUGGCUGCUUCAUGUUUAUUCACGCUGGGAACAGUUUUUAGCUGCCUCUGCUGAGAACCAUCACAAACUCACGUUUGUCCAGGACAGGUUUCCUUUUAAAGACUUUUUCUCUAAUGCUCAGCAGCCACUUUUUACAGGCGAGUCUUUUGAUAGAGACAUGCACAUUGCUAAGGGGUGUUUUCGUCAUCUGAAAACUAUGUUUCAAGAGCUUGAAGAAUGUAGGGCAUUUGAAUUGCUCAAGUCGACUGUUGACAGAUCAAAUUACUUGAUGACCAAACAGGCAAAAAUUGUGGCAAUGACUUGCACCCAUGCAGCACUUAAGAGGAAGGACUUUCUUCAGCUUGGGUUUAAGUAUGACAAUUUGCUAAUGGAAGAAAGUGCUCAGAUAUUAGAGAUUGAGACGUUCAUACCCAUGUUGCUUCAAAGGCAGGAAGAUGGCUAUGCUCGUCUUAAAAGAUGCAUAUUGAUUGGUGACCACCACCAGCUGCCUCCUGUUGUGAAAAACAUGGCAUUUCAAAAGUACAGUCAUAUGGAUCAGAGUCUAUUCACAAGAUUUGUCCGGCUGGGGAUUCCUUAUAUUGAGCUUAAUGCCCAAGGUAGGGCAAGGCCAAGUUUGGCGAGACUUUAUAAUUGGAGAUACCGAGACCUCGGUGAUCUUCCUAACGUCAAGGAGAGGGCCUCUUUUCAGAAAGCAAAUUCAGGAUUUUCAUAUGACUAUCAGUUGGUUGAUGUGCCUGAUCACCACGGGAAAGGAGAAACAGCACCCUCUCCUUGGUUCUAUCAGAAUGAGGGUGAAGCAGAAUAUCUAGUUAGUGUGUAUAUUUACAUGCGUUUACUUGGGUACCCUGCAAAUAAGAUUUCAAUCUUAACAACUUACAACGGUCAGAAACUUUUGAUACGUGAUGUUGUUAAUAGACGAUGUGUUCCUUAUGACUUCAUUGGCCCACCAAGCAAGAUUACAACUGUUGACAAAUUCCAAGGGCAACAAAAUGAUUUCAUCCUAUUGUCUCUGGUACGAACGCGGUUUGUGGGCCAUCUUCGGGAUGUUAGAAGGCUGGUUGUAGCAAUGUCUCGUGCUCGUCUAGGGCUAUAUGUUUUUUGCCGACGGGCUCUUUUCGAUCAAUGCUAUGAACUGCAACCUACAUUUCAACUUCUGCUACAAAGGCCAGACUGCCUUGCUUUGAAUCUACAUGAGAUUACAUCAUACACAGACCGUCAUGUUGAUGAAACCGGAGCAGUCCAUCUUGUUAGCGGCAUUGAUGAAAUGACAAAUAUUGUAAAUUAUAGGAUGCACAUGAUCUAUCAGGCACGCGCUAUGAGCCAUCAAUUCAACCAAACUUCAGCUCAUCCCGAGCCUGUAGUACCAGAGGAAAAUGACACAGAUGCCAUGGACACAGAUGCCCCUUUAACAGAAAAUAGUCCCCAUAAGGACACUCCUACACCUGAACCCGUGCUUAGUGGGUCUCCAUUGGCGGAAGCUACUGCAAAUGAUGCAAUGGAGACAGAUGCCCCUUCGAAGGAUAAUGGUGCCCACAAUGAGACCCCUCCAUCUGAAGCAGUUUUGAAUGGGUCUCUGUUGGCAGAAGAUGCUGCAAAUGAAAACAACGGCAGCUCUUCAAGUGCGGAAAAUACAAAGGCAGAUGGCAAUGCUGGCAUGGUCAACGAAGCAGAAUGAGUAUUGCAUGAAAGGUUUAAUGAACCACCAGCCGGGGGUGCUACACGGGGGAGAUGACUUCGAGAAUGUUGUUGCUAAUAGGAAGUUUGUAGCAGGAAAUUAACAUUUACUUUCUUGUAAGAAGGUUGAAGUUCUGGAUAGGAUAAAAAACGUACUAGUGUUGUUUAGGAUUGAGAAAAACAAUGUCUAGUUUUUUCUUGAAAAUUUUAACAUGAUCAUAGAUUUACUCCGAUGCUCUAAGGUGCAUAAGUGCAUUCUUUAAGAGCACAAAACGUGGGGUGUAGAGACCAGUUUUUGUGUUUCUAAAAGAUAAUGAUUGCACGGGUGGAAUAUUAACAUGUAACCUGCGACCUCUAUUGCAUUGACAUGCAUUACGGAUAAUAAAUGAAGAUGCC